UGGUCAAAAGUUCUGAAAAUAAAGAACAAGAAUUGUCUGAGCGCUUUUAUUGUCUUUGUUGACUAACAAGAUUAGAUAACAAGAUAAAAUCACACACCACAAAACAAUUUUUCAAAACUUCUCCUUCAUUCCUCUAUCAUCUCCAUUUUCACUCUGAAUCAGGAUCCAUUUUGGUGCUGAAUUGAAAUUGGUGUUGAAAUAGCUAGUUUUUUUUUGUUUUGUUUAGGGUUUAGUUCUAUUUUCUUCUUGGCAAAGGUUUUAAGAUCUAGGUAGUUGUUGAUUGAAUUGAAGGUGAAAGAAAUCUUUGUGAUCUAGUUUGCUUGUGGUGGUGAUUAUGGCAACAGCGGGUGUAGCACCUGCUUCUGGAUUAAGAGAUGUAAAUGCAAGUUCAGUAAUUGCUGCUGAUAGGUUGCCUGAGGAGAUUCUUGGCAUGAGAAUUAAGGAUGACAAGGAAAUGGAAGCAAGUGUGGUAGAUGGAAGUAGUACUGAAGCGGGACAUGUAAUUGUCACUACCAUUGGUGGUAAAAAUGGUCAGCCAAAGCAGACAAUAAGUUACAUGGCUGAGCGUGCUGUUGGACAAGGGUCAUUUGGUAUAGUUUUCCAGGCAAAAUGCUUGGAGACAGGUGAAACUGUGGCUAUAAAGAAGGUUCUUCAAGACAAGAGGUACAAGAACCGGGAAUUACAAACAAUGCGCCUUUUGGACCACCCUAAUGUUGUAACUUUGAAGCAUUGUUUCUUUUCAACAACUGAAAAAGACGAGCUAUAUCUUAACUUGGUACUUGAGUUUGUUCCUGAGACUGUCCAUCGUGUGAUCAGACACUACAGCAAAAUGAAUCAGAGGAUGCCAUUGAUAUAUGUAAAACUUUAUUCUUACCAGAUAUGCAGAGCUCUAGCUUAUAUACAUAACUGUGUUGGAGUGUCUCAUAGGGACAUCAAACCUCAAAAUCUACUGGUCAAUCCUCACACCCACCAGCUGAAGCUUUGUGACUUCGGGAGUGCAAAAGUCCUGGUCAAAGGUGAACCAAACAUAUCUUACAUCUGUUCUAGAUAUUACCGAGCUCCCGAGCUUAUAUUUGGCGCAACUGAGUACACCACAGCUAUUGACAUUUGGUCAGCUGGAUGUGUACUCGGAGAACUAUUGCUUGGCCAGCCUCUCUUUCCUGGUGCGAGUGGAGUUGAUCAGCUUGUUGAAAUUAUCAAGGUUUUAGGUACCCCAACAAGGGAAGAAAUAAAGUGUAUGAAUCCUAAUUACACCGAGUUCAAAUUCCCACAAAUCAAAGCUCAUCCAUGGCACAAGAUCUUUCGGAAGCGUAUGCCACCUGAGGCUGUGGAUCUCGUCUCAAGACUACUGCAAUACUCUCCUAAUCUUCGAAGCACAGCUUUGGAGGCUCUAGUUCAUCCAUUCUUUGAUGAAUUGCGUGAUCCAAAUACCCGCCUACCAAAUGGGCGUCAUCUUCCUCCUUUAUUUAACUUCAAAGCGAAUGAGCUUAAGGGAGUGCCUGCCGAAAUGCUGGUGAAACUGAUUCCUUCGCACGCAAGAAAGCAAUCUGCCUUGUUUGUGUCAUAGUCUUUAAUUAGAAUCUUGUGUAAAUAUCAUCUACUUCAUGUCUGUAGAAUUGUAUCUAGUUUCAAGUUGUUAAUAGUCCUCACAUUUUGUUUAUUUGUUCCAUUGAUUUGUUUGUACCGUUUCUACCAAAGAAAACCUCAUCACCUUGAUCUCUUUUUACAAUGUAAUUGUUUUCCUGACCUUCUCUACUCUUAA